AGAAGAAGAAGAAGAAGAAGAAGGUGCGUUCCACUUAUCGCCCGUAACGCCCAGACGACGGCUACUGGGAUAGGAUAUUGGGGCAUUUUGGGCGUUUUGGGCGAUAAGUGGAACACACCUUUAGUCUCACAGACAAAGGACGAGCCAAAAUAAAAGAAGACUUUACAGAAUGUUUGCGUCGUUUGCAUUUCCGUCCGUGGCGAUUACACGCUCUCAUGACUUGACAUCGGGGUUAUCAGCGAUCUGAUCCUCAUCACGAAGAAAAUCAAGAACCCGAUUGUGCGGGGAUAUUUGUUCGACAACUACAAGUGCGUUGCUGGAUCAAGAUAAGAGGAAAAUAAGACCAUACGUAAAACACAUUCAUUACAAAUAUUGCAGGGGUUCGAAUUUUCUGCAUAAGUAUGGAGCCACCACCACAAUCUGUAGCCUAUUCGAAAGGGUCUGCUACACCAAAUUCAUUAACGGUAUCAGCUCAGGUCCACCACAUUACGGACUUUGCAUGGACACUUACUGAUUGGGUAAACCUCUGUAAUACCACAUACGCACAAGGAGUACGAUCUAAGCUUUUUCGAGUUGACGGUAUUGAUAACUGUACUUGUCAAAUAUCUAUUUUUCCAAAGAAUUCAACAAAGUCUUUCUGUAUAGAAUUUUCAGAUUCUCUAGAUGUUUUGGGAAUGCGAAUGACCAUACAUUUAAAUAAUUAUCACUAUGAAUGUAUCCAAUCGUACCCUGUUCCGAGUAGUAUUAUUCUCUCAGGGUCCUCACAUUUCAAGAAAGUAUCAGGAUACAAUGAUUAUUAUAAUCACCAAAACACGACACUGGAUUAUAUAUUGAAAAACGGUGUUUUGUCUCUCUCAGCUUCCAUUAAAGUAAAAUUUGAGGUGUCAAUCUUUCCGCAUAUUCACAAUUUUCAAAAACAUAAAACGAAUGUUACAAACUUGCAAACUAUGUUCGAUAACAAGAUCUUCUGUGAUGUCACUUUCGUGUUUGAGGAUUGUGAAUUGCCUGCCCACAAAAGUAUUCUUGCAGUACACAGCAAAGUUUUUGAAGCAAUGUUUACAAAUGAAAUGAGCGAAAAGGACACAGGCAGAGUUGAAGUGCUGGAUAUAAGCGCUGAGAUAUUCAAGGCUUUUCUAAAAUACUUGUAUACUAGAGAAAUAGACUUGAAGAGAAAUGUCACAGAAAUUUUAGUUGUGGCAGAUAAAUAUGAGGUUUGUGAGUUAAAAGACCUGUGCGAAAAAUAUAUGUUGGCAAAUCUUAGUGAGCUAAUCGUUGUGGAGUAUUUGCUCAUUGCGGAUAAACUAUGUUGUACUGCAUUGAAAAAAAAAUCUCUUACAAUGCUGCAAAACAAUGCCAUUCUAUUAUGCAAUGUAAUUCGAAAUGAAAGUUAUGAGACAUUUAUGUCUUUGAAAAAGAUAUUUUUCGAAGAUUUCUCCAAAAACUUUACAAUUCAGCUGAGAAAUAAUUUGCAUCAACUUUCUUUGAAGUGAAAUCCACAUAAAAUUUGGUAUCGACACCAGUUAACUGGUAAUUGCAUUAUUUUUUUCUAUUAAGAAAUAGGGAAGUUUAACGAUUUUUUGAUUAUACUAUAAUCUGAUGACUGCGAUAUGAGGGCAAAUGAUUUUCAGUUUCAACUUGCAUUGAAUUUAUGGAUAUCUCCUAGUUUUAAGUAUGCGAUAUUGUUUCACUCAUUCCUUUGUAUUUGUUAAAGCCGUAGCUUUAAUUUCAUGUCUUCAGCAAUGCGUCAUUCAAAGACUUAAAAUUAGUAAUACCGAAACUUUGUAUUUCACCUCCGGUAUCUUCAUUAUUUCUUGCAUCUUUAUAAAUUAGCUUGCUAAUGUAAAACUAUAGUUUGUAACAAAUCGAUGACAGAUAUUCAUUGCGAAGCCAGUCUUCUAAUAAUAGUAUGAAUAUAAAGUUUGUUUAAUGAAAAGACAAUAAAGCAAUCGCAUUUUAAUUUUCAAA